GGCGGGAGAUAAAGCUCGAUUUUUUUUCUGAUGCUGGCCAGCUGAGGAGACAUGAAAAGAGAGGCAUUGAUGGACCUGCUGGCGCAACAAUAUGAUUAACAUCAUAACAAAUCUCCACAAACAUCAUUAAGAGACAGAGGAUGCAAUAGAACAGAAGUUGUCCUAACCUUCUGUAGCAGAUACAAAUAGAGAUAUAUUUUGUAUUUAAGACGGGGUGGCUGUGUAGAGUAGCUAGUGUAGAGAGAGCUCCGAGGCCGUAUCUUAAUUGUCUGUCCUCAUCAUUACAACUACACAGUGUUAUUCCGCCCCGAUAACUGAACGGCAGUAGAGAUGUGUCGCCAGGGAGAGCGGAAUGGAAAACCAGUGCUACAUGCGUUGAGUUAGGCGCUAAUGCGUUAUACGCAUUUGUUUUUGUUAUUGUUUUAUUUUAUCAACCGUCCAUCUCUUCCCAAAUAGGAAAAUGUGGUGAUUUAGCUGUCUUGUCUACGGGGGAGAGAGAAGGGUGUAGUCAGAAAAAGGAAAGAGAGGAGGAGGGGGCGUUAAGAGGUGUUCUUUUUUUUUGGAAAAGGGGGAGACAGACUGACACUGAGAAGGUAAAUUGAUGUGCGAACGCUCGCUGCACGUCACUUUCAUAAGAAAUUAACCUAUAACAGAAACUAAUGGCGUUAAAACAGGCUACAGCGUCUGAAUAAGCAAAACAGCGGAUAGGCAAUACAGUACGUAAAGUGGUCCUCGUCUGUCUUCACGAAGGCUGCGAAUCUGGUACACGGAACGUGUGGCCCUCUAAGUGGAAGCAAGUAUUCUGGCCACGGUUUGCUUGGGUGAAGGUUGUUAGCAGCUCUCUCAGGCCGAUGAGGAGCUUGCAGCGGGUAUGGAACGUUCCGGAGAAAGUGUCUGAGGACCUGCCACUGUGCCCUCCCCACCUCGCCCCACCCCGCCUUCGCUCCAACUCCGCAGCCAGGCCAAGAGGGGAUACACGCUCCACAAUUUUUGCCCUAAUCCCUCCGCAAAACCCUUCCACCCAAGUCCCUCUCAUCCUGGCCUCUUCCCCCUAAUCCACCUUCUGUUUGCCGAGGGGGGCUUUAGGAAUCUUUUCAUUUGUCUCCCAUCAAGCCUCCAUUUUAACCCGCCACAUUCUCAUAGUUACCCCACCCCCCACGCGCGCGCACACACACACACACACACACACACACACACACACACACACACACACACACACACACAUACACACACACACACACACACACACACACACACACACACACACAUACACACGCUCAUUGGAAUACAAGUCACUGGUCUCCCUCCUUGAUUCGACACAGGUUUAGCAGCUUGCUUGUUUCCCAUUCAACCCCCGCCUCUUCCUCACCCUUUCGCUUUUCCUCGUCCCUCCUUCCUUUUGCCAUCGACGAUGUCUCUGUUUCGGUCAGGUGGACCCAGCAGGCAUCGGGCGUCAUCCUCGGUGGCCCGUGCGUGCCCGCGCCGCAUGUCCGACACCUGUCUGGUUUGGCUCUUGGGGCUGGCGCUGCGGCUGGCGCUGUCUUCGUGCCAGCGAGCAGACCUGAGCUCGGGCGCCAAGCACCCCAUGGUGACAACCAGCUACGGCAAGCUGCGGGGCGUGCGCAAGGAGCUGAACAACGAGAUCCUGGGGCCCGUGGAGCAGUACCUGGGCGUGCCCUACGCCACGCCACCGGUGGGCGAGAGGCGCUUCCAGCCCCCCGAGGCACCGGGUUCGUGGCAGGAGGUGCGUAACGCCACGCAGUUCGCGCCCGUGUGCCCGCAGAACAUCCACGGUGUGCUGCCGGAGAUCAUGCUGCCCGUGUGGUUCACCGACAACCUGGACGCGGCGGCGGUGUACGUGCAGAACCAGAGCGAAGACUGCCUCUACCUCAACAUCUACGUGCCCACCGAGGAUGGUCCGCUCACAAAAAAACACGAUGAGUCUACAAUGAACCGGCCGAGGGAUGAAGACAUCCGUGAUCGACGAAAAAAGCCGGUCAUGCUCUUCAUCCACGGCGGCUCGUACAUGGAGGGCACGGGCAACAUGUUCGACGCCAGCGUCUUGGCCGCCUACGGCAACGUCAUCGUGGUGACCAUGAACUACCGGCUGGGCGUACUGGGUUUCCUCAGCACCGGCGACCAGUCUGCCAAGGGGAACUAUGGGCUCCUGGAUCAGAUUCAGGCCCUGCGCUGGCUCAACGAGAACAUCGGCUACUUUGGCGGCGACUCGGAGCGCAUCACCGUCUUCGGCUCAGGCGCCGGGGCAUCCUGUGUCAACCUGCUCAUCUUGUCCCACCACUCAGAGGGUUUGUUCCACAGAGCAAUUGCACAGAGUGGCUCAGCCAUCUCCAGCUGGUCUGUGAACUACCGGCCGAUGGAGUACACCAAGAUCCUGGCGCGCAAGGUGGGCUGCAGCCACAGCGACGCGGCCGACCUGGUGGAAUGCCUGCGCAAGAAGAGCUUCCGUGAGCUGGUGGACCAGGACAUCCAACCGGCCCGCUACCACGUCGCCUUCGGUCCCGUGGUGGACGGCGACGUGGUGCCGGACGACCCGGAGAUCCUCAUGCAGCAGGGUGAGUUCCUGAACUACGAUAUUCUCCUGGGAGUGAACCAAGGAGAGGGUUUGAAGUUUGUGGAUGACAGUGAGGGAGAGGAUGGCAUCUCCUCAGCCUCCUUCGACUACACCAUCUCCAACUUUGUGGACAACCUGUAUGGAUACCCAGAUGGUAAAGGCAUACUAAGAGAAACCAUCAAGUUCAUGUACACGGACUGGGCCGACCGCGAGAACAGCGACAUGCGGCGUAAAACGCUACUGGCGCUCUUCACCGACCACCAGUGGGUUGCGCCGGCCGUGGACACGGCCAAGCUUCAUGCCGAGUUCCAGUCGCCCGUCUACUUCUACACGUUCCACCACCACUGCCAGAUGGAGACGCGACCCGACUGGGCGGAUGCGGCGCACGGCGACGAGAUCCCCUACGUGUUCGGCGUGCCCAUGGUGGGCGCCACCGACCUGUUCCCCUGCAACUUCUCCAAGAACGACGUCAUGCUCAGUGCCGUGGUCAUGACCUACUGGACCAACUUCGCCAAGACCGGGGACCCAAACAUCCCAGUCCCCCAGGACACCAAGUUCAUCCACACCAAGCCCAACCGCUUCGAGGAGGUCAUCUGGACCAAGUUCAGCUCCAAGGACAAGCAGUACCUGCACAUCGGCCUCAAGCCCCGCGUGCGCGACAACUACCGCGCCAACAAGGUGGCCUUCUGGCUGGAGCUGGUGCCUCACCUCCACUCGCUCCAGGAGGAGUACGUCAAACCACCCGUCCCCCACAGGCCAGGGGGCAAGGGUCCCCCACCGAACCCCGGGACCAGGUCUCCACGCUACCCCGUAGCCUCCACUUACCCUCCCGAGCCGGAGGUGGAGGGCUCGGAGCGCCCGGUGUUCUCGCUGUUCCCAACAGACCCGCGGGACUACUCGACAGAGCUGAGCGUGACAGUGGCGGUGGGCGCCUCGCUGCUGUUCCUCAACGUUUUGGCCUUCGCCGCGCUGUACUACAAGCGCGACAAGCGCCACGAGCUGCGGCUCUCACGGCGCCACCGACGCCUCUCGCCCCAGCGCGGCGGGGGUGGCAUCGGCUUGGGGCCUGGGGGCAUCAUCGGCGCCGGCGGCAUCGGUGGCAUCAGCGGCAUGGUCGGGUGCGGUGGCGGUGGGCUGGGCAUUGUCGGGGCGCCGCCCCACAACGACCUGGCACUGAGCCAGGAGGAGGAGCUGAUGUCGCUGCAGAUUAAGCAGCAGCGUGCUGAGCUGGAGCACGCCGCCGCCACCGGCACGGGCACGCCGCUGCCGCCCUUGCGCGCCGCUGGCCUCCACGGCGACCUAGAGCCGCUGCGGCCACCCGUCUGCCCGCCGGACUACACGCUGGCGCUUCGGCGGGCGCCCGAGGACGUGCCACUCAUGACGGCCAAUGCCAUCCCGAUGAUGCCCAACACCAUCUCGGGCAUGCAGCCGCUGCACCCCUUCAACACGUACCCACCAGCCCCAGCACCCCCCUCCACGGCCCAUAGCAACAACGCGCUGCCACACCAGCACUCAACCACCCGCGUAUAGUAGCGCCACCCCUGGGGGGGUAUGGGGGAGGGUUUGUUGAAGGGAAAGGAAAGACGUGGGGUGAGGUUGGGGGUUAGAUGGCACCCUCAAAGCUCCCUAAGCUCCUCCAAAUGUAAAAAGAGACCCUCAACACCCCCCCCACCAUCACCUACCCUAUCAGCCCCUAUUGAGUACAGCUGCACCCCUUCCCCUCCUUAGCUACUCGAGAGAGACUGUAGGCUCUCUGUUCUCUUUUUCUCGUUUUCUUCGUUUCUUUCCAAACACCAAACACCAACCACCGCAGUCUGCACUUUUUACACCUCCCCCCCCGCGCCCCCCGUCUCUUUCUUUUUUGUGUUUUUUUUUCCUGUGGGUUUAUCAUUGCUCCCUUCUCCUUGCCCUCUAUCACUCUGUUCUUCUCUUCUUGGCUGGUUCGAGGGUAGGCGCAGGCAGAUGGCAGUGCUCGACUCCAAUUGGUGGAGGAGCGGGCCGUAUUCUUGUGGGUGGGCUGGAGAAAAAAAAAAGAAAAGACCCCCUUCUAUUUCGUGUCUUACCACUCCCACGCCUCUCUGCGACAGCCCUGUCGCCACGCUCUUGUUUCUUAAUCUGUUCGCUCGCCUCUCUCUUCUCAUAUUUUUGUCCUCUCUUUCUUCUAUUCUCUUGGUUUUCCUCUUGAUCUGUCGCUCUUCCCAUGCGUUCUAUGUCUAGCCCUUAUUCAGAACUCAUUGUUUUGCCUAUUUUGGAGUCUUUUAUAAAUGAGACAAAAACUUAUGUGUAAAAGAUGUACUAUCGAUAUCUUGUAAGGAUAUGAAUGAAAAAAGAUAUUCUAAUAUCUCUUUUUUACCAGCAUUCUUGUGCCAAGUACUGUGAUAAAUGUCUUUUAAGACAAAGUGUCCAUGGACCAAUGGGAGUGGAUUGCUGGGGCUGAAUCUUAUUUGAGAAGUUAGCAUCAUCCUAAAAAAAAAAGUGCCAAACAUUUUUUCUUUUUUCUUAUUCUUUCCUCCUUUUUUCGGUUUUAUGUUUUGCACUGUUGCUGGUCUUUGCUUUUGGGGGGGGAGAUUGAAAUCUCGAUAAAUAUCGCUCCAUAAAAAAUAUGAAUAUAGAAUAAUAAAAUGUAUUACUUGUUUGCUCUUUGGGAUAUCUGCAUGAUUUAUUUUCCAAAACGGAAUAAACAGACAGCUGAACAGAAAUGUUCCAAAUCCAAAAGUAUAUAUAUAUAUAUAUAUAUUUUUUUUUUGCAUUGCAUUUUGUUUUGCCCCAUUUUUUUCUUGAAAGCUAAUUUCUUUUGAUUGCCUCUUCAAAACAUUGUGCAUUUUUUUCUCUCAUAAAUAUGACAAUACAACAAUCAGUGAAUAGCAAACUGGUCAUAAUAAAAUACAUAUUUGUUUUUUUUUUACCUUUUUUCCAUUCUGAGAGGCUCAAGGCCCUGAAAUGAACAAUUUGAUCCCCCAGUUUUUUCAUUUAGUCUCAGAUGAUUCAUGAUCGGUGAGCUUUUGCCCUUUUGCAAGAUAACACCACUGAGCAGGUGUGUGUGAAAAUGUCUGUGAGGAGUGUUUGUGUGUGUGUGUGUGUGUGUGUGUGUGUGUGUGUGUGUGUGUGUGUGUGUGCAUUCAUGCCUGUUCACAAGGGUGUAAGUUGUAUGUACAUGUGUGUGUGUAUGACUGGAUCCUGCUCAAAUACUCUCACCUUUGACCCCUGAAGGACAAAGUUAACUCUCAGCGCUCCUGUUCCCCUGACGGACACGUCUCAUCUUGUCUUAUCUCUGGGAUUUCCAAAGCAGCCCCCGCCUAGAUCAGCCUCCUUUAGUUUCCUGUGUUGACCCACUCCUCCCAAGUCAUCGGUUCUUUUCUGAGGACAUUGAGGAGUGCAAAAAGCAUGGAGGGGGAGGGGGGUGAGAUGUAGAGAGAGAGUGCACACCGAGGCCUUGUCUCCCUACGUGAGCAUAACAGACCCAGACAUGGACUGCCUCGCUCCACUGUACUGCACCAGGGGCUGUCUCCCUGCAGCAAGGGGAGCUGUUCUUCAGGUUCUGCCUGACAGGACUGGGAGACGCUUUUUUCCACAGGUUCCAUGACGCACAACGGGACACGAACCCCAGAAGUGGAAGAAUGGAUUGGGGGACAAAUAACAAAAGCCCAAGAGGACGCACUGGAGAGAGCUUCAAGGAGCCCGGGGGCAGGGGGGCAGUUUAACACGACAGUCACAGAAUCCCCUGCGCUUUCUGCUCCAAGGGCACAUGAAUGGCUUGCAAAUCAUACAAUUCACACAAACACACACACACACACACACACACACACACGCAUACACAUAUCAUACACACACACGCACACAUCGUGAACUCACACACAUGCAGAUGCAUUCAGAGACCACUCCAUAUUAAUAGGGUGUCUCAUCGUUUCUUUUCUUAGGUUCUCUAUUCCAUCUUCUCUUUGGAUAUGCACUCAGUGGACUAACAGACACAGACUACUUUCCAUUAUUAAGGACAUGAAAGAAGGGGGGGGGGGGGGGGGAGAGAUAAAC